AUGACGUUCUUGGAUGAGCUUGCCCCAUCUUUUCCAAGUAGUACGUUUUCUAGGUUUUGUAGUGAGACCCCCAUAAUGGAUUUAGUUCCAUGGUCGCAGAAAGGAGGAAAAAGAGGGAGAAUGAAAGUGAGAAUGAGAGUGGAGAUGAGAUUGAGUGGGAAGCUGAGUGGAGAGCAGUCUCGGCCCUGA